CAGGUCUCGGGCCCUCAGGCGGAGCGGCGGGCGCCGGACCCCCAGGUGGAGCGACAGGUCUCGGGCCCUCAGGCGGAGAGCGGCGGGCGCCGGACCCCCAGGUGGAGCGACAGGUUUCGGGCCCUCAGGCGGAGCGGCGGGCGCCGGACCCCCAGGUGGAGCGACAGGUCUCGGGCCCUCAGGCGGAGCGGCGGGCGCCGGGCCCCCAGGCGGAGCGACAGGCGGAGCGACAGGUCUCAGGCCCCCAGGCGGGGCGGCGGGCGCCGGACCCCCAGGCGGAGCGGCGGGCGCCGGACCCCCAGGCGGAGCGACAGGUCUCGGGCCCCCCCCAGGCGAAGCGGCGGGCACCGAGUCACCAGGCACGACAGUGGGCUCCGAGUCAACUGGCAUGACCGCUGGCACUGGGUCAGACAUUGGAUCGUCUGGCUGGACAGCGGGCAUCGGGUCACCAGGCAUCAGGUCAUUUGGCUCGAC